UCCACUGGUUAACAUGGGUUAACAAUACCGUGUAACUGUCACGUUUGAAGGGACGAAAUCGUGACAUCUUCACGUCUCCCAGCAUGGUAAAUCGUCACAUGUUCACGUUUUGCCGUGAUAUCGGGUUGGAAAGGACAUGUUCUUGUGUCUUGAUAGUUGUACUUCUCUUUGACAUUGUAUAUUGGUGGAACGGCUGCCUGAAACACUGUAAAACUCUAACAUUUUUUAAAUCUUUUAGCAAAGACAUAAACUAUUGUUAUCCAUAUAAGUCAAACUGAAUUUGUCACCGUACAUACACUGUAAUCUGAUCCCAUGAUGAUAUUCCUGAUUUCUGUUUCAGAUUCAGAGUUAGCCGUAAACGACCUCUGUGUAAUGGAUAUGCAAAGGAGCUUCCCAUGUGCAAAAAUAAAUGUCUCAAAACUCUGGCCAGAUAUGAGGCUGACACACGCACAGACAGGCAUGACAGACAGACAAGCUGUGGCACCCUCUGCACAUCUGAAGACUGUGUGAAUGUAGCGACAAAAAACCUGACUGAUAUUGAGAGCUUCUUGGGUGACAUAUUGUCCUGGGCUGACACACAAACCUCUGUAAAGAAAGUGUUGUUGCAUCUCAAGUUUAAACAAGCCACUGAUGACGCCUUACUCGACAAAUCAAUCAACAAGACAUUUUUGGAGUUUCAGCAUGACAUCACAGAGGAAUGUGGUGCAGUGGACAAGCAGCAUUCAUGGGCUGUCAUUGAGAAACAGGAGGAGAUUAUCAUGUAUGGACCAUUCUAUCCAAAGUACAACAAGGGAGAACACAGCGAGGACUUCAUAAUCAAACAAACCCAGGAACUUCUGGAGUCAGAGGCUGCCUCAGAAGGCGGGAAGGUAUAUGUUUUCACCAAGAACAGCCCCUGUUUGGCUAGAAAUACAGAUGCGUGCAUGCUGAAUUUGGUUCAGAAAGCUAAGGAGUGGUGGACUGUGUAUGGAGUGAAGACUCAUAUUGGUUACGUGAAAUGUUGGGGCUUCAAAGGAAAUAAAGAAGAUGUCUUCAGGGAUAUUCACUUCAGCCAAGUGGACUAUAUCGAUCAGACUGAGGACUAUGAAAGCUAUGUGAAAGCAGCUGAAGAAGACUGAUCUUAAUCCUGCGUGUGAAAAUGUGUUUUCUGCUGUGAAACGCCUCCUGAGAUCUGCAGAUUUGGCUUUUAUAAACACUGUGCAGGACCAAGACUGGAAGAGCUUUAAAAGAAUGCAUAGUAUUUUUGAAGGCAAACCAGAAGAGGAGAAAGACAUCCAGGAGCUAAACACAAUGAUCAAAGCUGCACAAGUUCUGCUCCCAGACAAAAAAUAAAGUUUGGAGGAACAUUUAAGAAAAGGACUUUCUUUUGCAUUUGAGUAUGCUUUUAGCUCACAGGUGUCUGACGCCACGCAGGGUGAAAUAAGGCUUCACAUUUCAACAGUGUUGGAAGGAGAUGGUGCAGGACAAAUAUGCUCAGUUCAUCAGGGAGAAGC